AUGCCAAACGAGAAGGUAAUUGUAACGGAUGAAUUGAAAGCUAAAGGGAUUGACAAAAUUGACUUGGAGCUUCACAAGAUUACGGUAGCUUACGAAGAUGUGAGCAAGCGGGUCCCAGAUCUUUGGAAGGAGCACAAUCCAGAUCUAGUCAUCCACCUUGGCGCUCACAACGUCUCCAAAACUAUCAAGUUCGAACAACAAGCAUUUGCAGAUGGUUACUGUAGCAACGACGUCAAUGGAUGUACUCCAGAAGGCAAUCGUACUACUUGCGCUUCUGAUGAGCAAUGCUUGAAGUCUUGUAUCAAUUGUGACGAGUUGGUUCGUGAUGUAACUCAAAGAUGUGGCCUGGAUGGUGAAAAACAGUAUGGAGGGCUGAAAGUCGAGAAGUCUGAGGAUCCAGGAAGAUACCUCUGCGGCUACUCCUACUUCCUAUCUCUCCACGAAGACUGCUCAAAGUCACUCUUCAUUCAUGUCCCACCGUUUGAAGGAGAAUGCACCAAGGAAGCGAUCGCUGAGGUUAUCCGGGAGACUGUCAAGUCGAUUUUGGGAUAUUAUUAG